AUGCCGGUGGUGUUGGCUCAGUUUCAGUACCCAGACUCGGGCCAGUACUGGCUAAGAGUUUACUUUCUCGUCGGUGUGAUUGUGGCCCAGUGCCGGUGGUUGGAAAAUGGAGAUGUGUCUCAGAGAGACCAUUUACUGGGAGAAGAUCUCACCGGUCUGCCUGACCUGGCUGCUGCUGACCAACUGUUUAAUGGCUCUACAGUUGCUUCAAGGUUCCUGCGGGCUGAGCUGGAACUGAACGCACGCUUGCGGACGCUGUCCUUUGGGAAACCAGUGCGAUACACGUACAACCCGCUUGAGUACGCCUGGGACACACAUCAAUGCUAUGUGGAGAAAUACUGUCAGGAAGGGCAGAGCGUUCUCUUUCUAGGCAUGAACCCAGGGCCUUUUGGCAUGGCACAAACAGGGGUACCGUUUGGCGAGGUGAAGGCAGUUCGCAGUUGGCUGAAGAUCACUGGAGCGGUCGGCCGUCCAGCAGAGGAACAUCCUAAGCGACGGAUCACAGGCCUCGACUGCACUCAGAGUGAAGUGAGCGGAGCCCGUUUCUGGGGCUUUUUCCAAGAGCUCUGCGGUGAAACUCACAACUUCUUCCGCCACUGUUUUGUGCACAACUUGUGCCCUCUCAUCUUCAUGAGUGAGUCUGGCAAGAACCUGACUCCACCUGAGCUCCCCGCCGCGGAGCGUGAUGCCCUUUUGUCCUGCUGUGACAGUGCUCUCUGUCAGGUGGUCACUGCACUGGGGGUCUCCAUGGUGAUCGGAGUGGGCAAGCUAGCUGAGCAACGCGCUCGACGGGCUCUUGCAGAAGCAGGCAUCACUGUGAGAGUGGAGGGUAUCAUGCAUCCGUCCCCUAGAAACCCACUGGCUAAUAAAGGAUGGGCUAACAUAGUCAGAGACAAACUAGAUAAUCUGGGGGUGUUAAGUUUGCUUACCAGUUGAUGAUGAGGAUGACAGCUACUACCUCUGCAUUUUAAAAUUCACUCAUUAAUUCUUUUGAACCUUACUGUUGACAUUAUCAGUGGCUUAAUGAGACAUUUGUGGAAGUAAAACAUCAUGUUUAAGAUAACAGAAGUUAUGACCAUUAAUGGAGUACUUUAUCACACAUUUAUUAUUUUUAAAUUUGUUUUUAUGUGUAUUAUUUAUCUGUGUGUGUGUGUAUAUACACACAAAACGUUUGAUGGCCAUUUUAAGCUCUUUUGUAUGUUAAUAUGUAAAGGUACAUGCAUGUGUUUUUUUUUUAACCAUAUAUGUUUUUUAUAUAUACAUUUAGAUGUUUGUCUGUAUUUUUUAGAUUACAUUUGUGUAGCUAAGAAAAAAAAAAAACUACUGUAGAUAUUACUUUAUGUUAGUCUUUGAUUAUAACACACUAAGUUUAUUAUACCUUGAAUUCAAUCUCAUUUUUGCCCUUGAGUGGCGUGUCAUUUUUUAUUCUGUGUUUAACCCAAAUGUUGAGUCGAAUGUAUAGGUGAUGGCAAUAAAUUGUAUCUCAUGUUCAGCACCAUCCUUUAAUUUUGUGUUUAUCCGUUAACCAAAGUGUUUUGUAUUUCAAAAGAAAACAAAUGUUCAACAAAUCUAAUGUUUCUUUCUAAGCUUCUUUCUUUUUUGGCAUGAGAAAUAUUUCC